CUCCGCUCACAGCCCCGGCAAGGGGCGAUGGAGGCGGCGCCGAUUAAUCCGCUCCCCGCCGAUCGAACAGGAGACGACUGAAGUCCAGACUGUGGACUGUUGGACCCACAGAGCAGCAGAUUCUGAUGGAGGACGGUUCACCUGUUCAGCCAGGACGUCUUUGUGGAUCUUUGCUCUCCUGCUCUGGAGGUUUUUCUGCAGCCAUGAUGCCUUCGACCUCCCGUCCAUCCUCACCAAUGCUCCGGCUGCUCGUAACCGCCGCCACGUUCCUGAUGAUGAUGUCACAUCCUGCAUCGGCCGCUGAACCGGAGACGUGUUUCUCCAGGCAGCACCAGAAUGCCAUCGUCAACGUCCGCCUGGCCCUCAGCAGAGCCUCCACCACCAUGGACGCCCGGGGGGUCCUGUCUGAGAGGGACUGUGUCCUCGCCUGCUGCUCCGAGGAGGUCAAACCAGGAGCUAAAUGCAACAUGGCUGUGUUCAAUGGCAACAAACAGGCCAGUGACGAGAACUGCUUCCUAUUCCACUGUCCCACGGAGCAGGACUGUCCGCUGACCAAGGCUCCGGACGGCACCAACACCUACGACAUCUACAAAGGUUUGAUUCAUCCAACCAUCGUGAGACCUGCAACCACUACCACUACCACUACCACUACCACCACCAGUCCAACCACCACCAUCAGUCCAGCCACCACCCGUCCAACCACUACUACCACCACCAGUCCAACCACCACCACCAGUCCAACCACUACUACCAGUCCAACCACCACCACUAGUCCAACCACUACGACAACCACCACCAGUCCAACCACUACCAGUCCAACCACCACCACCACAGCAACCACUACUACCACCACCACGCCAGCACCAACUACACCUACAACCACUCAAACUACAACAACCCCAACCACCACCACCAGUCCAACCACCACCAUUCAGGCACCAGCCACCACCACAGCACCUCCACCCAUCAUCAUCAUCGCCACGAUGCCCGUGGUAACCUCAUCACCCACCACUGUUGCUACGACAACAACAACAGCUCCUGCCACCACCAUCAGCAUGAGGAGGCCCAACAAAACCAACAAGAAGCAAAAUAAAAGCACCAAGAAAGGAAAAUUUCAUCUGGUCAGCAGCAGCUCCACGGCUCCCGCUGCCGGGGUAACGGAACACAGAACUACCGGAAAACCACAGCCAGACACUCCAGCUACCACUACUGCUGCUGCUACUACUACUACCACCACAACCACUCCUGCUACUACUACUACUACAUCUCCUACCACUACCAAAACAACUACUACAACUACCACCACCACCCCCACUACUACUACUAGUACUACUAUACCUACCACCACUACAACUACCACCGCCCGUCCUCCCACUACUACUACUACCGCUACUACCACCACUACUACCACUGAACCAUCCACCACCAGGGCAACUCCAGCGGCAGGUCUCCUCAUCGUCCCUAAAGACACCGUCCAGUCAGAUCAUGUCCUCCAGAACUCCAGCGCUGGCCGGGGGAAGGCGGUGGUGGCUCGGGGGGCGCUAAAGAGCGGCGCGGUGGUGCUCAUGGUGCUGGGACUCGCCAUGCUCACGCUGGCCCUGGCUGUCGGCGGCCGCAAGGCGAUGGAGUCCUUCGAUAGACGACAUUACACAAGACUGGAGCUCAACGACCUUCACUAUGAGGUGUAGGAGGAAUCAAACGGACUAGAGUUCAUUUAGGGUUGUUAGUGUCCAUCUGAUAGCCGUCUGGUUCCUUUGUUUACGGCAGAGCUACACACUGCGGUCAUCUGGUUAUACCUUCCAGAAUACUGGGCUGUGAUUGGCCAGAGAGCUCUGAUCUUUGGUUUGUUUCCUUUUAAACAAUCUUCAGAUCUUUGGUUAGUGAUCAUGAUGUAACCUCUCACACCUUAUCUUCUUCAGAUUUUUGUUAAUUAUCAGUAACAGGAAGUUACACGGUGUAAACUACUGAAGCUCCGCCCAUGUUCAGGCUCCGCCUCCCCAACCUAAGUAUAAUGACAUCAUCACAGAAAGUCAACAGCAGCUGGUCUAAAACUGGAAAACUGCAAAUUAAAUUAGAGUAGAAACAACAUUUUGUGGCACGAAAGCGUUUUUAGACACAUUUGUGAAAUGAUUGUUGAAGGAAUUGUGACCACAUUAAUACAGAGGACUAUUAAUGACCAGAAAAAGUGUUUUUAUUUGUGGAUUCACUGCACUUCUGUAGAGGAGGACAUUUUAAACACCUUUAGCUCACAUGUUUUACUCUAUUUUCACAUUAUUUAGCUCCAUGUGGGAUGUAUUUUUAGAGAAUCACACCUCUUAUGUAAUGUUUUGAGCAGCUUUAUAACCUCAGCUUCGACAGUCACUGAACCCUCAGCGCUCCAAGACUUCAGCCGGCGACGGAACCAAGAACUAACAGCAAUAUUUUAAACCUCAGGAAGCCUCUGAAGUGGAGCUGGAGAGCAGAAGGUUUGUGAAUACACUGCAUGUCUUCUCAGCUUCACAGCUUCAGCCAUACGAGCUUGUUCAUGUCAGACGCUCCUCACUGUGGUGUUUCUGUCUUCACUCUGGAUGGAUGCACUCCUGAGAACCGAUGCACUACUGUAUCCUGUGUUUUUGAUAAAUAUGAUCUGCUUCUUUUGUGAUAUUUGAUUGUUUUUCAUGGCUAUGAGGACACUGUGGCUGCACUAUUUUCCUAGAAGCCUGCUGUUUGUUCUGCCCAGCCAGCAGGGGGCAGCAGCAGCCUGGAGGGUUUUUACAUCUUCUUAAUUAAUUACUGGAUGGUUCAUAGUUUGGUCUCGUUUUGUGAAGUGAUGCUUUUGCAUAAGUUUGGAAUUUGAUGUUUUGUUCUUGUAAGAAUAAAAAAAAUGUGAUUUUUGAACAAA